GUGCCUUCAUGAAAUAUUUCACUAUGUUUGUGGAAGAUAUAUUCAAAUGAAUGUGCUUUUUCAGGAAUGGUGACACCAGAAUGUUAUAAAUCUGUUCAUUACCACAACAAGGAUAAAUGGUAUUUCUGCCAAAGACUUUUGAUAACCGGUACAGUAAUGAAUCUCAGCACUUUCUGAAAUUAAAGGUCUGCCCUGAGAGGGUUCAUUUCAAUUUUCUGAAAAAGAUUUAACAAUGGAAUACAAAAAUCUCAGCGAGAACUGAAACGAAUGGGGAUUGAACUGCUUUGCCUGUUCUUUCUAUUUCUAGGAAAGAAUGAUCACGUACAAGGUGGCUGUGCCAUGGGAGGUGCAGAAACCUGUGAAGACUGCUUACUCAUUGGACCUCAGUGUGCCUGGUGUUCUCAGGAGAAUUUUACCCAUCCGUCUGGAGUUGGUGAAAGAUGUGAUACCCCAGCAAAUCUUUUAGCUAAAGGAUGUCAACUAACCUUCAUCGAAAACCCUGUCUCCCAAGUAGAAAUACUUACAAAUAAGCCUCUCAGUGUAGGCAGACAGAAAAAUAGUUCCAGCAUUGUUCAGAUUGCACCUCAAAGCUUGAUUCUUAAAUUGAGACCAGGCAGUGAACAGACUCUUCAAGUACAAGUCCGUCAGACCGAGGAUUACCCGGUAGACUUGUAUUACCUCAUGGACCUCUCGGCCUCCAUGGAUGAUGACCUCAACACAAUCAAAGAGCUGGGCUCCCUGCUUUCCAAGGAGAUGUCUAAAUUAACCAGCAACUUUAGACUGGGCUUCGGCUCUUUUGUGGAAAAACCCGUCUCCCCUUUUGUGAAAACAACACCAGAAGAAAUCGCCAACCCUUGCAGUAGUAUUCCAUACUUCUGCUUACCUACAUUUGGAUUCAAGCACAUUUUGCCACUGACAAAUGAUGCUGAAAGAUUCAAUGAAAUUGUGAAGAAUCAGAAAAUUUCUGCUAAUAUUGACACACCCGAAGGUGGAUUUGAUGCAAUUAUGCAAGCUGCUGUGUGUAAGGAAAAAAUUGGCUGGCGGAAUGACUCCCUCCAUCUCUUGGUCUUUGUGAGUGAUGCUGAUUCUCAUUUUGGAAUGGACAGCAAAUUAGCAGGCAUCGUCAUUCCUAAUGAUGGCCUGUGUCACUUGGACAGCAAGAAUGAAUACUCCAUGUCAACUGUCUUGGAAUAUCCAACAAUUGGACAACUCAUUGAUAAACUGGUGCAAAAUAAUGUGUUACUGAUCUUUGCUGUAACCCAAGAACAAGUUCAUUUAUAUGAGAAUUAUGCAAAACUCAUUCCUGGAGCUACAGUAGGGCUACUUCAGAAAGACUCUGGAAACAUUCUCCAGCUGAUCAUCUCGGCAUAUGAAGAACUACGGUCUGAGGUGGAACUGGAAGUAUUAGGAGACACAGAAAGACUUAACCUGUCCUUCACAGCCAUCUGUAACAAUGGGACCCUCUUCCCACACCAAAAGAAGUGCUCUCACAUGAAGGUGGGAGACACGGCUUCAUUCAACGUGACUGUGAGUAUAUCAAACUGUGAGAGAAGAAGCAGGCACAUAAUCAUAAAGCCUGUGGGGCUGGGGGACACCCUAGAAAUACUUGUCACUCCGGAAUGCAACUGUGACUGUCAGAAAGAAGUGGACGUGAACAGCUCCAAAUGCCACAACGGGAAUGGCUCCUUCCAGUGUGGGGUGUGCGCCUGCAACCCUGGCCACAUGGGUCCUCGCUGCGAGUGCGGAGAGGACAUGCUGAGCACAGAUUCCUGCAAGGAGACCCCGGAUCACCCUUCGUGCAGUGGAAGAGGCGAUUGUUAUUGUGGGCAGUGCAUCUGCCAUUUGUCUCCCUACGGAAACAUUUAUGGGCCUUACUGCCAGUGUGACAAUUUCUCCUGCGUGAGACACAAAGGACUGCUCUGCGGAGAUCACGGCGAGUGUGACUGUGGUGAGUGCGUAUGCAGGAGCGGCUGGACCGGCGAGUACUGUAACUGCACGACCAGCACGGAUGUGUGCAUCUCUGAAGACGGGGUGCUCUGCAGCGGGCGAGGGGACUGUGUGUGUGGCAAGUGUGUCUGCACAAACCCCGGAGCCUCUGGACCCACCUGUGAACGUUGUCCUACCUGUGGUGAUCUCUGUAACUCUAAACGGAGCUGCAUUGAAUGCCACCUUUCUGCAGAUGGCCAGGCCCGAGAAGAAUGUGUUGACAAAUGCAAGCUAGCCGGUGUGACCAUCAAUGAAGAAGAAGAUUUCUCAAAGGAUAGUUCUGUUUCCUGUUCCCUGCAAGGAGAAAAUGAAUGUCUUAUUACAUUCCUAAUAACUACAGAUAACGAAGGGAAAACUAUCAUUCACGGCAUCAACGAGAAAGACUGUCCGAAACCUCCGAACAUCCCCAUGAUCAUGUUGGGAGUUUCAUUAGCUAUUCUUCUUAUUGGGGUUGUCCUACUGUGCAUUUGGAAGCUGCUGGUGUCAUUUCAUGAUCGGAAAGAAGUUGCCAAAUUUGAAGCAGAAAGGUCAAAGGCCAAGUGGCAAACGGGAACCAAUCCACUGUACAGAGGCUCCACCAGUACCUUUAAAAAUGUAACUUACAAACACAGGGAAAAACAAAAGGUGGACCUUUCCACGGAUGGGUAAACUACUUCAUACAUGGAAAAAAGUCUGUUUCACUGAUAAUGAAAUGUUAAUGCACUGUUUAAUUUUCUUUUUCUUUGUUGCUUCAAAAUGAGGUUGGUUUAAGAUAAUAAUAGGUCAUUUGGAGAUCAGUCGUUCUCUGUAUGAAGGUUAGAGACUAUGUUGGCAGGUUCAAAAUAAUCAAGAAGAGAAAUAUCCUCAGCAAAGGAGCGACUUUGGGGAUCAUUUGAGGAAUACUAACUCUGUUGCAUUAGUGUCUCAAAAAAUCAUCAAAAUGAUUCAUGAGGGCCCGAUUUGCAUUUGAAAAAUGUUUGAAAUUAGAAUCUCAUUUGUUGCAGGAAUACAGCUACCUGAAGUUUUUGUCUCAGCAAAGUCACGAAGUCCAUAUUCUUACAUUAUGUACUCCCACUUGCCAAUGAAUUCAAACUUUUACUAAAUCCGCCCUUUCCUAUAGGAGAAUUUUUUUUAAAUUAUGAGAAAUGAGAUUCUGAUUUUACUUCAGCUGAAAGAAUGCAAUUCUUCAAAAGAUGUCCCAAGUGUAAAAAUUAAAAUUAAGUGUUAAUAUUAAUUUCUGUGGAUUUGCCUGCACCUAAAAAUCAGGUACACAAAUAUUUUAUUUGUUUUACAGAUGAGGAAGAAGUAAUUCAUAAAUUAGGAAGUCACCAGAAAAAACAAAAAUAACAAUUCGUCAUUUAGAUUUUUCUUAAUUACCUGAAAAAUAAACUUCUAUACUCAGUUUCCCUCCUAAUUCUGAGUUUUUAGACUGUUGUUUUUCCCAUAUUUCUCAAUCCAUUUUACUCAGUUUUGCAAUCUUAUAACCCCUAUGAUCAUCAUACGAAAGUUUUAAUUUCUUGUUAAAAAGUUACUUUAAAUGAUUAUAUAGUUUAUUCAAAGAGAAGUUCAAUAAUACAAAAGGAAACUGAGUUAAAUAGAAUACAAUUUUAAGUGGUUUUAAAUCAAAUACAUCAAGAGUCCCUCAUGACUAAUAGGUUUUUUUUUUAAAUCUAUAUUUUUUUCCCAUUUGUAUAACCCAACUUGACAUUUCAGCUGCAUGUGGUAAAUACGCAUAAUAUAUUUACUUUAAAAUGUAAGAUUUUACUUGCAAAAUACAUGUGAAUAAUUAAGGAUCCAUAUGUUGAUUGAAGAGAUGGACUCUGCGGAAUAAUAUUUCUUAUAGUAAACACUACUUUUAAAAACACUCUCAUCUUCUUUGAUACUCAUAAGGAAACUAGAGUUCAGAGAGUAAGAAGAAAUGGGUCCAGAACCCAGAUCUUCUAGCUCCAAACUAUUCCAUCUUUCCAUGAGAUUGACUCUUGUCAGUGAAAUAAUAGGAAGAUUUUGUGAGUUAAGUGAUACAUAACUAUCGUUUGCUUGAAAAUGUACUGAGACUAAACAUAUAGAAUUUAAACAACUGGAAUACAGGUGAGGUCUUCUACUUUUGUGCAAUGGUUAUUACUUUUGCGUAAAGAGCAAUGUGAAGUCUUGUACUAGGUGAAGAGUUCACUAUGUAAUGGAGGCUUCAUGUUUAACCAUUGAAUUGGCACCGAGUGAUCUAUCAGUUUCUUCAAUCCUACAAAUAGAUCUGUACACAUCGAUC